AGUUAUCGGCGAUUCGAUUUUCGUUCUUUUUAAUGUAAAUUAAGACUUUUUUGUACUUUCCCGAACGCCAUGGCCGGAUCGAAUCUGCUGAUCCAUCUGGAGACCAUCGAUAAAAACGAUCUGCUCUAUGCGGAACGCGACAUGAACUUUGGCCAAAAGGUGGGCCUUUGUUUUCUGCUUUACGGGGACAACCACUCGGAUGCCACCUACAUUCUGCAGAAACUGUUGGCCAUGGCGCGAUCGGACUUUCCGCAAAGCGAUCUACUGCUAAAGUACGCCAAUUCCCGGCCAGAAACAUGGAGAAGACAUUUCGUGGAGGCUCUGUGCAUCAUUGGGGCGCGAAAGGUGCUCCGCAGACUGGGCUUCUGUUGGCAGGAGCUUCGAAUGCACUACUUGCCGCAUAUCGCCGGGAUCGCGCUGCAUGUACAUCCCCUGUUGAAGAGCCUCUACAGGAUGUGUGAGGAGCUGUCGUUGGCGCAGAGUGGUCGCCUGGUCUUGGAUGUUGGCGAUAAGGUGGCGCGCCAGCAGGCAGGAGAUCCCCUUCGCUUCUACGAUCCCACGUACCUGGAGAUCUUUUUGCUGGACUGGCUGACCAGAAGAUGCAUACAGUUGGGCGACAUAAAUGCCACGGGCAGCGAUGUCCAGCUGCUGAUUGAGCAUUUGAAGUUCAACGAUUUGGAGGCACAGGCCAAGUUGCUCAUAGAGACUAUCCUUAGCAACGCUCCGGAGCCAGAUGCGGCUGGGAUCGCGGCGAUGGCUACGACGGCUACGAUCAAGCAAGAGACCGACUCGGACAACCGGCAGUCGUCCAGCUGCUCCACAGCCGCAGCGGCCUCGAACGCAUUUGCUAUGCGCCGAAUCAAUGCGCUUAGGUUGACCCGGGAGAACGCAGGAAUCGCCUUGAUCAUCAACCAGCAGGAGUUUCACCGGAAUGUUAGCAACGAUCUUAAGAAAUUUCUGUCACCCAGACCCCUGCAGAAACGCAAUGGCACGGAUGUGGAUAAGAAACGACUCAAAGAGGUGUUUUCCCUGAUGGGAUACAAUGUGGAGACCUACGACAAUGUGGACCACCUGGACAUCGUGCAGCACAUUCGGAGUGCGUGCGACCGAUCGCUCCUGCGCGAUUCCCUAGUGGUCUGCAUCCUGAGCCACGGCUUCGAGGAGGCCGUCUACGGGGCGAACAGCAUCGCCCUGAAGAUCACGGACAUCGAGAACGUGCUCUGUAGCUACGAAACGCUGUACAACAAGCCCAAGUUGCUGGUGAUACAGGCCUGUCAGGAGAAGCCUGACCAGGACGAGGAGCAAGGCCAGCGAGGAUUGCCCUUCAAGAUCGACGUGACCACCCAGUCGCCGGGCCAACACAUCAACAUGGUGCGGGCCAUGUCCACGGUGAAUGGAUUUCCCGCUCUGCGACACACCCACAUGGGCAGCUGGUUCAUCCAGAGCCUGUGCGAUGCCAUCGAAUGCCAUUCGGCCAGUGAACACAUCGCCGACAUCCUGACGAUUGUCACCAACGAAGUGUCCGAAAAGCGAGGCCAGAACGACGAGUCCAUGGUGCCAAACGUGAAGAGCAUAUUCCGCCAGCACGUCUACUUCCCACCUCGUCUGUGAUUGUAGUUUUAAAGCGUGUACUGUGGUAAUUAUAGUUAUAACACCAAGUGAUUAAAUUCCUAUUACUCGAUA